GAAAAGAGAAUUGAAGAAUUGUGGUAGAAAAUUUGUUAUUUUUUGUGUGCUGCGCUGUUUUGUGAAAAAUUACUUGGAUUUUAUACAAAAUAUCCAUUUGAAAAUAUCGGCAAAACUUAUGUCAAGAUGUUGUGUAUCGUAUAAUGUAUAAAAAGUGUGACUAAAUGUUUGAUUUUGUAGGAAAUUUUGAAGUUUUAAUUGGUCGAUGUUGAAGUUAAGAAGAUUUUCGCUGAGAAAUUUUUUUCUUAGGAAGGCAACGAAAAAGUCAACUAUUGAGCGUGUGAGUGAGUAGAUCAAAGAAAAACGCUGUGGCGUCGUGCGAAGCAGCGCUAUUUGACGCUGCUGACAGUAGCCGUAUUUAGUAAAAAUUAAUCAUUUUUUGAAAGUAAAGAAUAGUGAACAUUGAAUAAGUCAACUACACGCGUGUGCUAUUUUAUCAACAAAAUUGGUUCAUACUUAGCCGGCUGAGUGUUUUCGGUAGUGGAGCACAUAAACGACAGAAAAUAUGGCGUCGUCGAUGCUAGAUGCAGCAGCUGCGGCUGCUGCGUCGACUUCGGCGUCAUCAGCUGCAACGGGUGAAAUGAAAAGAGAAGAAGAUGCUUGCACUGAAGAGGGAGAAGAGGAAGCUCUAAACAAUUCUUUGCGCUCCUGUGCCAAUGAUCCAGAUUUCGCGGUAAUUUGUACAUUCCUACAGAAAUUCUCUAAAUAUUUGGGUUUGACCCUACCGAAUUUCAAACAUUUGCAAGAAUGGCUAACGAAUACAGAUGAAGUUUCUGAUCACCUGCGGGAUCUACACAUAAAACUUUUGCGUAAAACACGAAAAACUGUGCAUGAGAAAAGUUGGGAGUCAGCAUUGAGCAAAUUCUGUUUUACGUAUUCGGCGCAAGAUGCUUGGGAAAUAGAGCGUUUUGGCUAUAAGAAGUCAAGCUUAAAAGUUAAACUACGCAUUUUUAGAGAGCUGCUUGAAAGCCAGUUCCAGCGUAAUGCUAAAUUUCGUGCUCAAAUACUAACAAUGAGCGCUGAUUUAUUGCGUUCGCAACCAAUAGGACGUGAUCGGCUUGGUCAUAACUACUACUUUACACAAGAUGAUGAUUGCAAUUUACGCAUUUAUCAGGAGCAUUUAGAUGAAGAGAUUUGGCAAGUAGUAGCCACUACGCGUGAGGAAUUAGUUAACCUUAUAUCGCGUUUGCGAGGCAAUGAAGUAGUCUUGCCUUCGACAGAUAUUGGUGUGGAUGAGGAUACUAGUAGCAGUAAUAGCUGCGCUGCACAGCUCGAUAAACCACCUCCACCAGAAGAACAAGAUGACUCGCAAGAGGAGGAAGCCCGUAUACCAAAUUUACGUAUAAAAUUAUCAAAUAAUGGCAAGUUAACCGUUUCGUCACCAAAUCCCACGGCAGCGGCACAAGCCACCAAACGUUCUAUUGAAGAUAUUGAUAAAAGUUCACCACGGAGCGAGGAACUGAAUAUAAUAAAGAAAGCGCGCCCAUCACUUUUGGAUGUCAAUCGCGCAAAAAAACCUAGCCGUUAUGAAAAAACCAAAUCCGAGGGCGAAGAAGAGGAUGAGGAAGAUGAAGAUGACGAUGAUGAGGACGAUGAAGAAUUGUCUAUAGAAGAGGAGGAUAUAGAUAGCGCAGCGGCUGAGGAAGACGAGAAUGAGGAGAAAGAAAUCGAAGACUCUGAUGGUGAUACUGAUGAAGAGAAUGAUGUUGGCGAAGCGAUUGAAGAACCAGAACUCAUUGUACGUGGAGAGGGUUGUGGAAAAGAAUGUGAAGCCGAAAACCCAUUUUUUCUCAGCGAAGAUCUAUUUGGAGAUGUCUGCGAUGAAACAGAAUUGAACACAGAUCUAAUUGUUGGUGAAGCUGUUGAAGAGGAAAUAUUUUACGUAUUUGGUGUAGGGAGUGGCGCCGAAUGCUUAGUUGGCAACGGCAAAACUGAUGGCGAGACCGCGACGGCAACAACAGAGCAACCGACAACAACACCAACGACACCCAAAAAAACAAAUGAACCUCAAGCAACUUUUUUCUUUGGCGAACCAGGUUGUCUUAAACUAAGUCCGAUCAAGCAACCACCAAAGGAUGAAGAAAAGUUGACAGUUUGUGGCGUGGAUCAAUCGCUUGAUGAAGUUGAUGAAAAAAUAGUUGAAAAAAGUGAAAAUGUUGAAAGUAGUGAAGAGGUUAAAUCUUCGUCAAGCGAAAAGGUUGAUGACGGUGCUGCAGAGAAUAAAUCUUAUGAAGAAUGUGUGAAUGAAAGUAAUGGCAAAGAAACUAACGAAACAAUAAAAGUUAAUGAUGUUAGUAGCGCCAUGGAGGAGGCUCCUUCUAAAUUACACGAAUCUCCAGAUAAAGUGACAACUAAUGGCGAUGAUGCUGAUUGUAGCAAGGAACAACAAUUAAGUGUUGUAGUUGAAAAUGUAGAAAAGUGUGUCGAAAGUACAGAUGAUGGAAAGGCGAAAGAGCUGGAUAGUGAAGUUCAGAAAGAAGUGAUUAAUGAGAUAAAAAAUGAGGGGGAAACAGAACAAAUUAAAGGUAAUAAUGAGGUAGACAAUAAAGUAUUUAUAGAAGAAAAGAAGCCUGAUGAAACAAAGGAAAGUGUAUUAGAAGAACCUCCAGAAGAGAAAAGUUUGCCAGAAAAACAGGAUAAAGAACCGGAAGUUUGCACGGAAACAGAAGAAAAAGUUAAUCAAACUGAGUCUGGUGAAAAUAGUAGUUGUAAUGAGCAGAAAACAGACGAUAAUACUCUGAGUGAUAAAGAGAGGGAGAGCACAGUAUCAAAACCAGACUCAACUAAUGAUAAAAACACUGAUAUUAAAAGCACAAAUACUGUUGUUGCAGAAAAAGAUGCUGAACCUUCAUCUCCGAAUGGCACGCCUACAGAAAAUAUUUCAAAAGAAUCUACUAAAAAUGAAGAAACAAAAAAUACAAGCGAUGCAGUAUCUCUUACUAAGACUGGUGAGAGUAAAUUGUUGUCCCCAACAAGCAAAAUUUCUGUAGAACAACAACUCGCCCCCGAAGGUGUGCAAUCUUCCACUUUGCAUGAUACAGACGCAAAGAAAAAAUUGGCCAAUUUAGAAAUUACUGCUACAACUAGUGAAACCCCAGACGAUAAGUCUGCUACAGCUCCAGCUCCAGCUCCAGUCACUACUACCUCAGUCGCUACCGCAGACCCAUCCACUUCAUCCAGCGCCACUACAUCCAGCGCCAUCCCAUCCACUACAUCCAGCGCUACCCCAUCCAGCGCUACCCCAUCCAGCGCUACCCCAUCCAGCGCCACUACAUCCAACGCCAUCCCAUCAACUACAUCCAGCGCCACCCCAUCCAGCGCUAUCCCAUCCAGCGCUACCCCAUCCAGCGCCACCCCAUCCAGCGCCACCCCCUCCACCACUCCCGCCGUUAUCAAUCGCAAGCGCCGACUUGAAGAUAUGCCAGCGCCGUCCACUCAUCGUUUGUCCACAUCAGAAAGUGAAGUUGACCUACAAUCGGAGCAACAGGACGAACUUACUACAGAUCUCGAUCUUGAUCCGGCUGGAAAACGCUUUAAAAUGCGUCCGAAAAUAACCAACACCGAUCUGCGCAAGAAAGUCGAAGCAGAAAAAGGACGCGUCGAAGAAACAACUUCGUCCAGUGGUGAGGAGGAUGCGCGUCGUAGGCGAAAAAUAAUAACGCCUCGUAGGCAAAUCGAGCGCUGCGUGAAAAAUUUGAAAGUGGCGCAAGAAGCUGCUGCCAAAAGAGAAGGUAUGCAAGCUGCAGCUAAGCUCACUGAAAGCACAGUGCCAACUGCUGAAGAGAAUAAUGUCGCACUAAAUUUGACAAGCCCCACAACGUUGGUAUUUCCGGUUUUCCCAGCACCAGCAACAUCCUCCACUGCAGCGCCUAUAGUCAGCCAAAGCGCGUUGUUAAGUCCACCUGUAGUGACAAUGCCGCCACCAGGGCCAGUAUUAACCUCAACCGCGCCAGCAGCCGUGCACGCAACACCUACAAUUCCAACAACAUCCACAUCUAUACGUCAGAAGCCUACACUUGCCGAAAUCAUCGAAAAAAAGUUAAAGAAGAGCAGCGAAACGGCAGCCACCACAACGGUGCCGACAGCAACAGAGGCGCCAGCAGUUAUAGCUAAAACCUCACCAACUAUCAUGACAGCUGCGGCUGCCGCUAGUGCUGCAACGCCGACGGAGCUGAAUGCUCCUGCGACCAUCUCGCCACCAAAAAAAUCGCCUAUAACCAAACCGCUUAAGAAGAAUUUGCUCACACAAAUACGCCAGGAGGAAAGCGAUGAGGACUCGAUACCGCGCAAGCGUACAAUCAGCGAUGCCAGCACCAGCGCGGCCGCUGCAACAGUGGAAAUUGUUAAAAAGUUGGAGUCAUUUAGUAGCGAGGAAAAGGAAAAAACGCCUGAUCGUAAAACACCCGAACGUAAAGUUUGCGAGACUAAAGUGGCAGAGCGAGCGAGUGCGCCGCGUAAAACACCCGAUCGUAAGACACCUGAGCGGCAGCGGAAACGGCGUAGCAGUGAAGAGGUGAAGUCCACAGGUGUUAACGAGUCUGAAGGUAAAAAAGAAAUGAAAUACGAGGCACUCGUGGAACAGGAAGCCAAAGCGGAGGUUAUAAUUAAGAAAGAGAAGAGUCCAUCUCCUGCAGAGGUGGCCACAAUUGGUCGACGUUCGAGUAGGCGCACUGCAGGGACGGUGAUUUAUGCUGAAUUGCCGCAACCGAAGCGCACCAGAGCCGGUGCAAAAACAACACCCACGGCAACACCGAAGAAAGCGUGUAUAAAAGAAGAGAAGACGACUGAAGACGUGAAUGAGGCCAGCAAAGUUGUGGAAAGCGUAAGUGUGGAUCCUAUCAAGCCGACGUCUUCGAAAAAGGAAGCUCUUGCUGCGUCAAUAACUGAAACAGUGACAACAAUUACAUCAACAACAACUAUAACAACAACAGCAAAAAUGAAGGACUUAAAGUCGAAAGCUAAGCAGGCGCCUAAAGCCACGAAACCGACAAAGAAGAAUGCCAAAAAAGAGUUAGGUACAACUGUAAAAGAAGAGCCGAAACCAGCUUCUCACAAAGCGCCAACAGCUCACACUUCUCAUGAAAAGAGCGCGACUCCAAGCGGCUCUACAAUUGCAAACAAAGCUUCGACCAUAGCCGCAGCCACAGCCACAGCCACAGCCAAAGCCACAUCUCUUUCACCUUCAAAGCCAGCUGUGUCGCCUGUUAAAUCCACUUCUUCGCCCGCCAAAAUGGCAAAGUCCGAGGAGAGCACUGCUGAAACUACACCCGCCUCUGCACGUGGACGCGGUGCGCGUAAACAACGUGAUGUGGACGCGACUAACAUUAUUGAAACCAUCGAUUCGGAGACCCCAGUACGUCAGUCGCGACGAAUAGCCCAGCAGAAAAUACGUGAGGAGGCGGAACGGCGUAAACUCGAGGAGAUCGCCUUACGUACCAUGAAGCAGGAGUUGAAGAAAAAGAAGAAGGCGGAGAAGCAAACAGAUCCCACAGUAGCGGAACCCUCAGAACCUUCAUCGUCGUCAUCAGAGGAAAGUGAAGUAGAGCUGAAGAAGAAGGUGAAGAAAAAAUGUCCCGGCAAAGAUGGCUGGUCGUCAGGUUCCGAGGAGCAAGAGGAGCCAGAGGAAGAAGAUGAACCGCCACAUUAUAGCGACCCCGGUUCGCCGCUCUUCCGCUCAGAUCACGAAUUCUCGCCGGAAUCCGAUUUGGAAGAUGAAUCGCAAGUGGUGCCGAUGAAACGCGCUCGCACCGCACGCAAAGAGGAUGCUGAGGAGGGUGAAGACGGCGAUGAGGAGGCGUGCCAAAAGUGUGGAAAAUCGGACCACCCCGAGUGGAUUCUGCUCUGCGAUAACUGCGACAAGGGUUACCAUUGUUCUUGCCUUUCGCCAGUGCUCUUCUACAUACCCGAAGGAGAUUGGUAUUGUCCACCUUGCCAGCAAGAGCAGUUGAUAGUUGCUCUGGAGAAACAGCUGAAAGAUUUUGAUGACUUUGUUGAGCAUAAACGCUUGCAGGAAGAGGAAAACAAACGGCUGGCUGCCGAGGCGGAGCGUGUCGAACAAGAGAGACUCGAAAACGAGAAACUGCAACAGAAGGAAUUGAAAGAGCGUAAAAAGCAAAAGAAAAAGAGCAAGCGUCGCGGUGAGAACGGUGUUGAUGGUGAGGGUGAGGAUGAGAGUGGUACAAGUGCCAGUUCCGAUGCUGACAAGAACGAAGAACGCAUUAAAAAGCGCAGCGCUCUUCACAGCGAUGACGAUGACAGCGAUGAUGAUAAGCCGCUGGUGAAGAAAGGCACGGGCAACCGGAAAUCACGUACCGAGAAGAAUCGUGAUAGUCACAAACGUAGACGUGGCGAUGGGCGUAGUCGGCGGCGCGCAGCCGCACGUGGUAUUGCUACACGACGACGUCAACGCAAUGACUCGGAUAGUGGCACAGGUAGCGGCUCGCCGCAUAGAUCGGGUAGCGAUAGUGCAGACUCUCGCAGUGGUUCCGGUUCCUCCUCAUCUUCUUCGCUUACCGACAGCGAUGACGAACCGAUUUACAAGUUGCGCAAACGUCGGCAAAUAAAUGUUAGUUAUCGGCUAAAUGAAUACGAUGAUCUUAUCAAUUCGGCGUUGAAGAAAGAGAUGGACGAGUUAGCUGGCGCGGGUAAUUUGGGACGCGGAAAGGAUAUUUCAACCAUAAUGGAGGCGGAUAAAGAGGAGAAGGCGCGACAGCGACAGCUGGUGAAAGAUGAAGCGAAUGGCAAAGAAGCUGAAAAGGGCGAGGAGAAGACGGUGAAAGCUGAGAAAAAAGAAGCGGAAGAGGAAAAUGAUCAGGAAAAAGAACAAGAAAAAGGAUCAGAAUCGAAUGAAGAUGCCAAAGCGAAGGUUGAAAACAAGGAUGAUGAUGACGAAGACUCUGAUGAUGAGGUGCUAAAGCGUAAAGCGAAGCCAAAGCUAAAAUCAACGAAAAAGAAGUCCCGUAAAUUAACUACGUUAGAUAUUAGCUCUGAAGAAGAUAAUGCCUCAGAUGAAGACUUUAAAACUUCUUCAUUUGACGAUGAGGAAGAGGAGGACACUUCCGUCUCUGUUUCGACGGACAGCGAUUCGAGCUUGGAAGAAUUUCGACGACGCGGUAAGAAAAAUAAGAAGCAGCGCAAAGCCGCACGUCGUGCUGUGCGUGAAAGGCGUAAAGAUCGCCGUUUUGUCGUUGAUGAAAGCGAUGAAGACGAAGAGGAGCAGCGUCCCAAGUCGAAAAAGAAACGUAAAGAUGAUUCAGACUAUACCGAAUCUGAGACGGACUCCGAGGCUUCGGAAAACCUUGAGGACGUCGACAGCGCUGACUUGUGCGAUGACUCGACAAGCGAAUCUGACGGCGCCUGGUAUCCCUCAAAGCGUAAGAAGCAACGAAAGGGUAACUCUUCAACCAUUGCACGUAAGUCACCGAAAAUGAAGAAGCAGCCCAUUAAAAAGGUGAAACGCGUUGAAUACUCCGACGAUGAUAUUAGCGAAAGCGAAGAAGAGGAGGACGAUGAUGAUGAUGACAUCACCGGUGGCAAGGGUUCUGGCAAACAGCCACGUUCCCAGCCACUCAAACCCAGCAACUCCUCGAAGGGCAAAGGAAAAGGUAAAGGCAAAGGCAAGACCAGCGCUUCGAAAAAGAAGAAAAAGCUCUCAGAAGAUGAAGACAGUUUCUCAGAUAGUGAAGACAGCACGCGACGGACACGUGGUCGUCGUUAUGCCUACUUGGAGGACUUCGACGACGAGAGUUCCGAUGGCGGUAUAAAACCGGGCGUAAAGCGACCAGAUACACCACCUGAGGAGCGACAAAAAUUCAUACAGCGCCAAGAAGAAAUCAAGCGCAUGUUGGCAGAAAAGAAUGCAGAGGGCGCCAAGUUGGCAGCGACUCCGCGACUCACACCUAUCAAAGCGGAUGGCGAGAAAGACAAACGUUCACCAGCGAAGCUGAGUGACUCACUGUCUACGGUGCCACUGUCGGUGAUACGCCAAGCCAAGGUACUGGAUGCAGACUACCUGCAACGUAAAGGCGAAAGUGUGGGCGACUCGGAUAAUGUCGAUGAGGUAGAUGAGUUCGACGAUGCCGAUUUGCCCGACGACUUCCCAGAGGACAUGGAUGAGGAUACCAUAGCACGUAUGGUGGAAGAAGAAGAGGAAUUGACCGCAGCAGCUGCAGCGCGUGAGUUGCCGCCGCCAGAUGAGGUGCUACGUACGCCGACAAAACAUUCGGUCAAACCCAAAGAAGCGUUGGUUGCAUCAACUGCGCCGCCAACAGUUACAGCUGCUGCCGCUACGAAUCAGACAGCCAACACGCCUAGCGUAGUAGUAAGCAAUCCUGGACUGGAGAAGACAUCAUUAAUCAAUCCUUCAUUGGCAGCGUUGUCACAAAUGCCUGGCGCUAGCUCAGCGCCUGGCUCACACCAUAUGUCGUCGUCUUCUGGUUUACAGGAGCCAAUGCGUAAACGAUUGCCCAUGCCGACACUACAUCCACCCCUGCUGCGACAUCAAUUUCCACCACACGGCGCCAACAUGCCGCUGGCGCAUUUAUUACAGCGUCAUCCAUCAGGACCACCACCCACGCACUUGCUCCAGAGUGCACUCAACGCUCCGUUGGGUCAACCUUUGAAUCGAAGCAAUUUUCCACCACAACAUUUACCACGUCUACCGGCAGGAAUGUCGGUGGAACAGAUGUUAGCAGCGCAACAUUUAAUGUCUGCUGCAGCCGCGCGACACAAUCUCCCACCAACAUCUCAACCCUUACCCGGCGCGUCGGCCAUUCGAGAUGCCCUAGCUAGUGGCGGUGGAGCAACAAGUGGUGUGCCGCCGCCCACCACAACUGGGGCCGCCAACAAACCAGAUGCUGAACCAAAACCACGUGGUAGACGGAAAAAGAUCACACCACUGCGUGACACACUGCAGAAACAGCAAACGGCGGCCGCCGUCACCGCAGCCACAACACAAUCAGACAAAAUCGUGGAGCCACAAUCCGCCAACAACAGUGCCGGCAGCAGCGUAAUUAAAUCACCAGCUUCCGCCACACCGAAUGCACCUCCACCCCAGCUGUAUAAACAGCAUGAGAGUCCACGCGGGCCCGGACCAGCGGCAGUAUCACAAGCAUCGGUAAUUACACGCAUGCCACAGCUACCAGCAUCGGCUACACAUGCGAGCGUCGUACGUGCUAUGAGUAAUUUAUAUCCCGGUGCGGAUGUUGCGCGCUUCUUUGCGCCGCCGACCUCACUGGCUGCGGUAACUGGACCACGUCCACCACCAGCCAUGCAGCGUCAACGCGAUGGCCCUGGCUUGCCAGGUUUACCGCCGCAUGGUAUGCGUCAAAGCUAUGGCCCGCCACCGCCACUGCGUGGUAGCGCACCGCCACACACAAACCACGGCCAACCACCACAAAGUGGUCCGGGCGAGCGGCCGACAUAUCCGGCACCAGGCGAUCAUCACGUACCCGGCGGUAUGGGCGCUAGUAUGUACGCUGGACCGCCGCCACCAGCACGUCAUUCAACAUCACAUUUGAAUCCCUAUCGGCCACCAAUUUACGGCAACCCAGCAUUUGUGCCACGCGGACCGCAUGUACCAAAUCUGCGUGUGCCAGUUAGCGGUGGACCGGAGUUCCCGGGUGGGCCACGUACUUAUUCACCAUAUGGCUACUAUCCACCACCGCCACCAUUAACCACACCACACGGGCCGCCAAUGCAGCGACCGCCCACUUCAUCACCAGCACCGAUAUCGCGUGCCAGUGGCGGUCCGCCUCCACCACCAACAACAGCAACAGCUGCAGCGACGGCUUCGAUUGUCUCGGCAGCGUCAAUACCGCCUGCAGCAGUACCCAAAGUAGUGAGCAGCGUAACAGCCAUAACAACACCAACAAUAACUAAUGCAAAAGCCAACACAGUCGCCGCUACAACAACAACAGCAAUUAUAGCCAAACCAAGCUCAGUCAUAGUAUCAGCGCCGUCAUCGAGCGCAGCGAACGCCAGCUUAAGUUCGCGUAAUAUUUCUCAAAAAUCACCCAUACCAACACCAACCAUAACACAAACACCAACCACCAUACCAAGAGCAAGAUCACCACAAGCAAUAACACCAACUACAACAACCGCAGCAGCAGCAGCAGCAGCGACAACAGCAGCGCCACCACCACCACCAAUGCCAACACGUGCAAUAGCAACUGAAACCGCUAUUAGCGCGCCAGUUGCCACCAUAGUCAAUAGCAAAGGUGGACCAGUUGUCAGCGCAACAGUGGCAGCAGCCGCAAGUGUCAUAAGUGAGCAGCAGCAGCCACCCCGAAAGAAACUCACCACACUCGAAACCUACGCGGCAGCGCAAAUCAAAUCACCACUUGUCAUAGCUGGCGAAUCGUCCGGAUCGCGCAGCUCACCAGGCGGCAUACAAGCUGAUGGCGCGGAUGAUUCAUGCUCCGCGCAAGGUACAACCGGCACAGCGGAGGGCGCGCGCGAUAGGGGUGAGGGUCAGGCGAGCGAAUUUAGUGGGCUUGUCAGUUACUUUAGCUCACAGCAUGACGACUACAACACAUAACAACACACGCCAGUAAAAAAUAUAAGCGCAUUGUGCAUGCGCGGCUAUUAGAUGCAAUGCACGAGGUGGUUGACAAGCAGGCGCACUUUGUCUCUGUAGAUUUAAGAAUUUAAGUUGAAAAAUGUUAGGGUAUUCGCAUACAUACAGACCAGCAGCAGUUGUAGACAAAUACAAUAUUUUAUCUAUUCGCAUAUAUAUAUAUAAUAUAUAUAUAUAUAUAUAUAAAUAUAGUAGAUAUGUAUGUAUGUUAAACGUACUUGUAGUUUUUUUUUGUUUUGUUUUUUGGUUUUAAAAAAUAUUCAUUGCAAUGUUGAUAUGACGCAGGCACGUUUUAAAAACAAUAAGGCAGCAAAGGCAAGAACUACAUGAAAGAGGCAAAACUGUUGGGUGUAAUGUAGGCCUGGUGGUGCAGCGAUGACAUUAUGUGGAUCUUCUUAGUUUAACAGUGUUGUAUUUGCUCUCUAAAACCACUCCAAGACGCACAUAACGGCAUGCUGCAUGAGUUCACAAACUGUUUAGGCCACUUAUUGGAAAUUCUUUACCGAACGAAAUGAGAGUCGGUAUAACCUACAACAAAAAAAAAUAAAAAUAAAUAACAAUAAAAAGAUAAAUAAAAUGAAAACAAAAAUUAAUUUAGUAAAUUAAAAUUAUUAUAUAUUUAGCCUUAACGUUAAAGAAAGCACUCAAAACCACAAUAGUUGAAACUGCAAACAUAAAAAAAAAA